ACUCCUAUUUGUAUUUGUUUAAUAUUCGAUUCAAAACUAAUAUUUGUAUUUGAUUUGUUUGUGCCAAACAAGCCUAUGGUUACACCGCCUCCCUUAAGCCCUGUGUCUGACGGUAGCCCAGCUGUGAUGGAGUGUGAUGCCUGGUGGUCGAUCCCGGAUCUGGCCCCAUAAUCCAUAGUCUAAUACGGAGCAAGAUUUGUUUCUUUCGAUCCAAUUUUUCUUCAUUCAAAAAGAUUUUGGAAAUGGGCGCAGCUAAAAAAUGCAGACUCUGGUGGCCGGACCAUCUCUGUUCAGCUUCUCAAUUCAGUUCACAUUCUCGCCAUUUCUUGUUCGGGUGGUUCGUCUCGUCCUCGGAAGAUUCUCUUGAUAUUGUCGUCGCUUUCUCCUGCGCCGAGGACACUGUAAAUUCUGCGGCGAAUUGUUUGGAUUUUCAGGGGAUUCUUCAUGAGAUAAAUAAUAAUCUGCCUAAGUUUCCUCAAGAUGACUGCAAGCUAUCUUUACUUGGCUGUUAUGUGGCCGAUGGUGAUGAUCCUGAAAUAGAUAUAUCUGUGAAUUCUGCUGGUCAGAGCACUCAUUGUUCUGGUAACUCCGAUGGUCAAUGUAAUAUUGGAAUGAUAAAUGGGUUACUAGGCUACGGGAGUCCGAAGUUUGAUGUUUUAGCAGAGGGAAAGAGCAGAAAUGCAGAAAUGAAUUGGGUGCAACUUUCCUAUGAUCAUUCGGUGCUAUAUGGUAGGAGUAUAAAACUAAUUCCCAACUUCCAAUGCUUAAACUGGGGAGGGUUAGCUAUAACUCAGUUAGAUGUCCAUGUAUAUAAUAGUAUAUGAGAUGCCUCAAUUUGGAAGUCAUCAUUAUUCACUGGGCUAUUCUCCAUCUGAGCAAGUAGCAGACUCUUUCAAGAAGCCAAUGUGGGUUCAGGAUCUUUUCCGAAAGAAGACGCAGAUUCAGUUGGAAGAAUAUUGUGAUUCAGACUAUUAACACUGUGGGUGCUACUAAGGUCCUUUUUGAGUCACAUUUUCCUGCCAAAAGAUCAACAAAAUUUCAUUUUUUUCACAUGUUUACAAACUUUGCAUGGCCAUUAUUUGCCACGAUCUUAGCAUUGGUGUCAACAUUCUUGUUUUUCAUUCUUCAGUCCUUCCACAUUGUUUGGUCACAGAAUUUUGUACACACCAUAUUGGUCAUUUUCUUUGGCAAGACCUGCAAAAAUUUCGAGGUACGCUGCCCGCAGCUAAUAUAUUGGCCAGUUUUUCUCCAAGGUCACAGUAUCAGGUGUCAAUCUUGCGUUGAGUAUGCUGAAUUGGCGGCAUUGCGAAUGCACUUUGUGUGGUCAAGUAUCUUUGUUGAUCUUCUUCUGGGAAACUUAAUAGGCAUUCUAUUGUGUUCCCAAGCAAGAGCCGUUUGCUUAUUCAUUUUGAGCUUAGCUGAUGGCAUAACCAACAAUGUUCUGCGUACCGGUUGUGUAUGGCUGAUGGGAAACCCAGCUGGUUUCAAGUUAAACACUGAGCUUGCUGGUGUCCUUGGGAUGAUUUCUCUUAAUGUUGUUCAGAUAUGGUCCACGAUAUGGUUAUUUGUGAAAUCCUUCUUGCCUUAUCUCUUGACAAUAAUCGCCAUAUCCGGAAGUGUUUUUGGUCUGACUACUGCUGCUGCUUUGACUAUUGAUAUAAUAUCACUAGCAACCAUCCACUUGUCCGCUCUUCAUUGGUUACUUUCACAACUCUACUCAUGGCAGAUACAGUCUAUAUCAGCUUUGUGGCGCUUUUUCAGGGGUAGGAAAUGGAAUCCUCUUCGCCAGAGGUUAGAUAGCUACGGCUACACAGUAGAGCAACAUGUUGUCGGCUCUCUUCUGUUUACUCCUCUCUUGCUUCUACUCCCUACGGUUUCUGCAUUCUAUAUUUUCUUCACAAUUAUAAAUGCAUGUAUCAGUUUGAUUUGCUUGGUUGUUGAACUUGGGAUAUUAAUUGUUCGUGUCACACCAUAUACAAAAGUUGCUCUUUGGUUGGUGAGAAAGAAAAGAUUUCCAUCUGGUAUAUGGUUCGAGAUAGCAUCGCGUCAACCAGAUGACACAGAUUUGGCCGCCACAAGAAAUUGCUUCAAAUCGAUGGUGGUGGUUUCAUUUUUGCGAAGCAACUAUCUGAGCUUAAGAGAAGUGGUUUGGCCCCACUACAGAUGUGUGUUUUCAGUAGUUUCAAGGUCAUCCAUGGCAUCGUCAGCUUAUGGCAUUCUAACAGGGAAACGUGUUACUUACAGUCUAGGGGCAAGUGGUCUCCCCAUGAAGCUUCCAUGGAUGGUCAUCCCAUACAAAGCUUAUUGGCGCCUCAGUCGCGAUGGGAUUCUUGCUUGCAGAGAAAACUGAAUGCAUGUGCUCUACUCAUAUACACUUUUCAACUCAACUUAUUGGCGCCUCUGUUAUCCAUCAUUCUAAAAAAUGUUUUUUGUAGGUCAAUACAACGUUGUAUACUUAGACAGUUCUGGCUGGUUCUUCCCUAGACCGUUUAAUUUUUGUAUAAAACUAUCAUGUAUGAGAGAUAUUUUACAAUGACUACUGUCAAAAUUCAACCCCAAAGGUCAUUUAAAAAAACUUUAGAAAAUGU